UCCCAUGUUCCCGCGAAAUUCGAGACAAAUUAUUUUGUAAAGAUGGCGGCCCACUCGAGCGAAGAGGAUCAAGAACCAGCGGCUUUUGUUUAGGCGUAUAGACAGUCUUUUAUUAUAAACAACAUGAGCAUGAGUGAAAAGGACACAGUGAUAAGGCAGCGGCUGAUAGAACUGGAAAGGAAACAUGCAAAGGCUUUGAAAAAACUUCAGAGAGCUGAAAGAAGCAAGCAAAGGCGGCAAACAUUUCAUGGUUUUGCAGUUAAAGAUGACAAGACAGAUCAUAGUGUAGAUGCUCAGAACAGGUCUAGUACACCUCUGUCUGAGAGGGUGUUUUCCCCUGAUGUUAGGAAAUCAAGUCCCUUAUCACGUCACAAAAAACGGCUCUGUAAAAGUGUUUCAUUCAAGGACACGGUAGAUACCAGUAGACAAGUAUGCCUAGAGAAAAAAUGCAAUGAAGAUGAGGAAAGCAGUAGACCUAAGGAAAGGUGUAGAAGAAGAUCUGCACCAACAGGAGGAGAGACUGAACCUGAAGUUGGCAUUAAAGCAUUACAGGGACACACUGAAAGCAGCAGUCACAACUUUAUUGCAGCUGAUAGAAAUUGUGUUAAUUCAUUCAGUGACGCUCCUCUGUUGCCUGAGAGGGAGAAGAUUACUGACAUUGAUGUGGUUGGGGUAGAUCACAGAGAUUGCUCCAGGACUGAGGAUGGUCAAGACUGUACUGUGAACAUAGCAGAAAUUGUAGGUUGCUGUUGUCUUCCUGCAGAUAUUCCAAUUAUGACUAAAUGUCAGGAGUGCAGUGAUUCAGCUAAGGAAGUUAUUGUUGUUGAGGAGAUGGAAAAUCCAGGCAUAGAUACUGCUGUUGUGGAUGACAUUCAUUUUUCAGGUCAUAAAUCAGAAGAAAACUUGAAUAAAGAAGGCUUAGUAUCACUUAGUGGUAAAGCCUCUGUAAAGGCUAAAGAUUCCUUUGAAAAGGGAGAUGCCCAUAGGUGUUCCUCUGUACAGGAACAUGACAAUGUUUCUCCGCAAAACUGGCACUGGUUGCAUUUAUUCGAAGAGGAGUUUCCAAGGAGAAGUCCAAGGCUGCAAUCAAUACCCAACUUUGGGAGCCAAACAGGUGUUUCCCAGGAUAAUAGCCAGCCAAGGAAAACAAAAAGAGCAAGAUCAAAACACUUGAGGACAAAGAAAGAAAUCCCCUCAUGCAGCAAAGACAAAAUAACAAACUGUAAUGUUUCAGACACUACUUCGUGUAACAAUUUCGCUGAAGAAAUAACAACUGAAGAUUUUGUUUUUCCAAGGCCUUCCUCAGAACAGAUGAAACAUGGUGGUUUCCUGAGUGCUGUAGUAGAUUUUUCCUUACCUGAUAAUGAGUUUGCAAAGUUGAAGCUUGCAAAGAUCAAAGGUGCUUUGCCAGUUGAGAGGAUUAAUAGAAAGGCAAAUGAAAAAUUGGAGAUAGCAACUGGAGAAUGUGACAUUUUGCCAGAGUCAAAGUGUGAGGAAGAAAUAAAGGAAGGCUGUUCUCAUCCUUUGACAAAGGUUGCAAGUUCUGCUCUAGCUUGUUCAAUGCAAGUGGAGGCCAAUUCAGCUGAAAACACAUUAGAAGGAAACAGGACCAAUAAAUUGCAGGUCCUUUCCAUGCCUGUAAAUCUAGUAUGCAAUAAGCAGUCAGAGUGUGCUGUGAACAACUUUCUGUUAAGUUCUGAACACACUCAAGAUGAUCUCCUCUUGCAAAAAGAACCUGUAAAAAGUUUCAAUGUUUCCCCAAAAGUACGACCACUAGAGAAUAUAGCCACACAAAUGGACUUUCUUCCUAAGGCAGAUGUGGAAUCAGGUCAUCAUGACAGCAGUUGUGUUGAAACUUGUGUCUCAGCUGAAGCUGAUGAUGUUCAACAAACCAGCAGCGUUGAAAGGAAAAAUAAACUCAGUACUGAUGACUAUGAACACCACGAUUUGUGCAAUGAACAGGGCAAGCUAGACUAUAAAAGUGCUUCUGACAAUAAUGAGAGGUUAUUAGUUACAUGUACUACAAUGCAAUGUGACUCUAGAAGACCCCAUGAGAUUAACAAGUUUUCAAAUGAGAGAGACUCUAAUUUCUAUUGUUCUAAAACAGAUGAUAUACAUAAAACUUAUGGCACAGAAUUUCCUUUGGAAGUUGAUAUAGGAAUUCAAAAAACCCCAGAGCAACUAAAUGAUCAAAGAGAGUUAUUCAAUUUAACUGAAAUGAGAUCAAGUCCAUCCACUCAUGAACCAAGGAUAGGUGAUCAAGCUACUCCACAUGGGAAAAUGAAGGAGCCACUAGAGACCUCACAGUUAUCAUGUAUGACAUCACCUGAGGAUCGGUCAGAACUUUCUCCGGUUCUGAUGAUGGCUUGCUUACAGCACCAUAUAGAGGGUGAGAAUAAUAAAGUGAGGUCUGUUUCUCUGUCAUCUUAUGAGCCAUCUGCAGAGAAGGAUGUUACCCUGCUAAAGAAAAAGAGAGAUAUUUUAGCUGUAUGUCUGGCUCAUUUGGUUGUAGUCUGGACAGUUGCACCUGGAUUACAAUGGACUGUGCUUCACAAAUGGAGUCUUCCCACUGAUGGAGGAGAAGAGUUUGUAAGUGUACAGAUUUUACCAUUGAAAUCUCAUGUUGCUCUUCUGGUUGGAGGGAAUUUUAAUGGCGGAAAUGGGAGGAUUCUUGGGUAUUCUGAGCUGGAAGGUGACUAUUCUUUUGAUUUCCAACAGGAUGAUCAGAAAAACACACGUGUCUUUUCAACCAUGUGUUUAUUAUGUGACACAAUGGGAAUGAGUGGCAAUGAAGGUGUAGUGUGUGCUAUUGCAAGUAGAACAUUUCAUGAAGUAACAUUGACCAAGUGGACGUUGGAUGCCAUUUACCUGUGA